ACGUAUCAGUUUUAUUCCUUUAUUAUUUAUUUUCUCUAUUUUUUUUAUUGCUUUAUUAUUUAUUUUCUCUAUUUUUUUUAUUGCUUUAUUAUUUAUUUUCUCUAUUUUUUUUAUUCCUUUAUUAUUUAUUUUCUCUAUUUUUUUUAUUGCUUUAUUAUUUAUUUUCUCUAUUUUUUUUAUUGCUUUAUUAUUUAUUUUCUCUAUUUUUUUUAUUGCUUUAUUAUUUAUUUUCUCUAUUUUUUUUAUUGCUUUAUUAUUUAUUUUCUCUAUUUUUUUUAUUCCUUUAUUAUUUAUUUUCUCUAUUUUGUCAGCGACAUCAGAUUGUGA